AUGCUCAAGGUUGGUAGUACGCAUACGUCGUCGUUCCACUUUCACAUUGUGCAAGGUCUGGGUGGCUGGCUACGUGGCUGCGUCCCUUCUUCCCUCCUCUGUGAACAGUUGAACUUGCCCACACACGGCACCGGACCGUACCGUACCGAUCCUCGUUAG